AUGUCCUUUCAAGAUGUUAGAACAGCUCUGGUGUUAAGUUAUGGCGAUGGGCAGAUAGAUGACGAAGAGUUCGUGCUUCUCUACGAUGCAUAUAAGUCAACAAACCCUGCUUACCCUUACUGGGAAUUUGGUGAUUUUUGCUGGGAAGAGUACGAUUCCAGUGAGUUUGAAGCCAUGUUCAGAGUAAAACAAGAGGACAUACCUAUUCUUGUAGAUGCUUUGAGAGUUCCAGAAACGUUUAAGUGUGGUCAAGGAACAAUUUGUGAUGGCAUUGAAGGGUUGUGCAUAUUGUUAAAAAGGUACAGUAUACAUAAUACAGUAUAAAUGUUAAUUUAUAUUUAAUAGUGUGCAUGUUUUAUUGUCGUAUACCUGCAUUUUUAUAUUUAUGUAUUUUAUUUGAACUUUCCUUCAGGUUAGCAUAUCCUUGUCGAUAUGUUGACAUGAUGAGCACGUUUGCAAGACCUGUGCCUGGGCUAUGCAUGAUCUACAAUACAGUACUUGACUGGAUUUAUGAUGUUCAUGGCUUCCACCUAACAUCAUGGAACCAAAGCUUUUUAUCUCCUUUGGCACUUGAACAGUAUGCAAAUGCCAUUAGAGAACGAGGAAGUCCCUUAGUCAAUUGCUUAGGGUUUGUUGAUGGUACAGUGCGUCAAAUAUGCCGCCCUGGCAAGAUGCAGCGUGUAGUGUACAAUGGACAUAAACGUGUGCAUGCACUUAAAUUCCAAGCAGUUGCUCUGCCUUAUGGUUUAAUAGCCAAUCUAUAUGGUCCUGUCGAGGGACGUCGCCAUGAUGCAGGGAUGUUAAAAGAUUCUGGCCUACUAGGUUCCCUGGAGCUUCACGCCCAUAAUCCAGAUGGGCAACUCCUUUGCUUGUAUGGAGACCCAGCUUAUCCACUUCGCCCACAGUUAAUGGCCCCCUACCGUGUUGGUGAUGUGCAAGUAUUAACAGAGGAUAUGAAAGAAUUUAAUCGAGCAAUGAGCUCCCUCCGAGUUUCUGUGGAAUGGUUGUUUGGUGAUGUUGCAAACAGUUUUAAUUUUAUUGAUUUUAAGAAAAAUUUAAAAUUACGGCUUAGUGCAGUUGGCAAAUUUUAUGUUGUUGCUGCAAUGAUGAGAAACAUAUUAACAUGUCUCUAUGGGAAAACUACUUCAUUUUUGGCCUUAACAACGUGUCACAGACGUGUGUUUUUGAGCUCCUCUCAAUUAUGAGUUCUACAACAGUUAGUAACGUAUUGUACGGCUAUUUUGGCCUUAAUAAAAGUAAAUUGAAAUGGUCAGGAACUUUGGAAGACCUUAAAGCAUUUGUCCUCACGGAAAUUAGUGAAGAAAUAGCCGAAAAUACAUCAUGGCGUUCACCGAGCGGCGGGACAUGGCAGUUUGAUUCUAAGAUGCUAUCAGUUACAUGGCAUAGUAAAAGUGAAAAUAUUUACUUCAAAGGUGAAAAAGGCAGCGAUCUCACCACACGAGUAUAUUCCUACGUAAAUCUGGGGCUCGGGGAGAGUGAUCAAACGGUGGUGAGUGGAAGUCCUACAGAAACCGAGCUAGCAAAGUCCAUCGAAAGUCUGUUAGCUAGCAAGAAUGAACAUAUGAAUGAUAUUAAUAAAACUAAAGAUAUACCAACUAACGAGGGAGCUAGCGAGGAUGAGAAUACGAGUGAUAUUGAAAAAACCGAAGAUACAUCAACUAAAGAGGGUAAUCCUGUAAAGGCUUCAAAUCGACAUUUGAUUUUAGUUACAGUAUUAUUCAUGAAGCCCAAAGUUCAAAGGAAGAAACGAACACAAACUUGUCAACAAGUGUAAAUUUGCAUAAAGAACCAAUGAAUUUGCAUAGAGUGCCUCAUUCCUAUAUUCCUUUGGGAGACCCGAACAAAAACUAUAAUCCAGAGUUUGAUAUCGUUGCAUUGAAAUUUAAGCUGGAGAGCUUUGCUGAGAACGUCGACAGCAAAUUUCAAGCUCUUACAAAAGAAGUGGCUGACAUUAAAGAAAAUAAAGUUUAUUCGAUUAUAAUUCUCGAGAACACUGUCCAUGAAUUAAAGAAAGAGAAAUAUGACCUAAUCAAAGCUAACAACGACUUAAGAGAGAAGAACGAAGUAUUACAUCAAAAAAUUUCGGAUUUUAAUUCGACAGUACAAAGAUUGGAAGAUGAGAAGCAGAGUCUAAUCACAACCCUAAAGCUAGUUCAAAAGGAAACUCAAACUGUUCAGCCGGAUUUAAAUGACAGAAUGCAAAACCUUGAAAACGAAAAUAAGAGCUUAUCAACGGCAUUAACACUCUUGCAAUACGAAUUAGAUAAUACUCAACAACAUAAAUGGAAAGUUGUAAAGACGAAGUAUAAUAAACCACCUCCAGAGACCCCAGCAGGAUCAAAUACUAUUGAAACAAAAAAUCAAUAUACAACCCUUAGGGUCACUGAUUCUGAACAUGACGAUAUUCCAGCAAGACUGAAUACCCAACAGAUUCUAGACGAAACUUCGAAUACAACCAAACACAGCAACAUACAGAUGGUUGGAAAAAGCAGUGGUCCAUCAAAUUCUAAUGAGUCAAGUCGUGACUCACAACGUAGUCAACCUAGAAUAGCUAUCCUCGGAGAUUCGAUCAUUAAACAUUUGGACCCCAAACGAAUGCAGAAUGGAUUGAAGAAAGGAAAAGUAACGAUUAAGACAUUUCCUGGUGCAGGUAUUGACCAAAUGAAGCAUUAUGCAGUACCAACUCUAAUUACCAAGCCAAAGACACUUAUAUUUCAUGUUGGAACCAACGACUUACAUAACAAAACACCAGAAGAUCUAAUAAAUGCAAUGAAUGAUCUUGGUGAAACGAUCCAUAGACAGAACAACGAUCUGGAACUUAUAUGGUCGGAAAUAAUAACUCGAACUGAUGAUCCAAACUUAGCAGAAAAGGUAAAUGUAGUCAAUGCCGAGCUCGCUAAAUUAUGUACAGAUAAGGGCUGGGGACUUAUUAAACACAACAACAUUAAAGGAAGUCUUUUAAAUAACUCUGGUCUACAUUUAAAUAAACAUGGAACUACUACAUUAGCUAAAAACAUAAGACAAUUUUUUAGCAGCCAUUGA